AUGGUUCAUCAGAUUUUAGAUGUCCUUUCUCUUGAUGGUCAGACUCUGACAGAAUCUGAACCAGCGAUUAAAAAGCCUGGAGAAUCCCACCGAUUGACCUGUACAACCUCUGGAUUCACCUUCAGCAACCACUGGAUGGGUUGGAUUAGACAGGCUCCUGGAAAAGGACUGGAGUGGAUUGCACUUAUCAGCAAUGGUGGUGGUAGUAGCAAAUUCUACUCUCAGUCAGUUCAAGGCCGGUUCACCAUCUCCAGAGACGACAGCAGAGAGCAGGUGUAUCUGCAGAUGAACAGUCUGAAGACUGAAGAUUCUGCUGUUUAUUAUUGUGCUCGAGACUCACAGCUCAGACUACAGGAGUUCUGGGCUGGUUUAUCUCUGAUUCACCCCUCCAGACAAUCAGAGGAAAAAUCUGGUCUGGGACCUCGAUCAAUGAUGGACUUUAGGACAGGACUGCUGCUUUUAACUAUCUGCUGGGCAGGUGUUGAUUCAGAAUCUGAACCAGCGGCUAAAAAGCCUGGAGAAUCCCACAAACUGACCUGUACAACAUCUGGAUUCACAUUCAGCAACUACUGGAUGUACUGGAUCAGACAGGCUCCUGGAAAAGGAUUGGAGUGGAUUGCAGCUAUCAGUAGAGAUGGUGGUAGUAGCAAAUACUACUCUCAGUCAGUUCAAGGCCGGUUCACCAUCUCCAGAGACAACAGCAGAGAGCAGCUGUAUCUGCAGAUGAACAGUCUGAAGACUGAAGAUUCUGCUGUUUAUUAUUGUGCUCGA